GACUGGGGGCUGGGGCCGGCUGCCCGGGCACCGGGAAAGGUUUGCCCAGGCAGACACAGUGCUUCCUGCCUGUGGAAGGGAGAACCUCUGGGACCCGCAGGGCAUUUGUGGUGCCCAAGGUGGACUGAUGAGUCGGGUGAGGCCACCCCACAGUGAGGGUCCCCUUCCCCGUCCUACACUGGAAUGAAAACAGUCCCAUGUCUGUCCUUGGGAAACCUAAAUACCAUCCAUACCAUGUGGAAGGAAAGCAGUAGAAAGACAGAGAGGCACAUCCUACUGUCUCCCUUUUCCCCAGAUCUCCUCCUCGGCAGGCCACAUUUACUCUGUCCAAGGCUAGCUCCGUGAGCUUUCUGCUCCUCCUGCGCAGCUGACGUUCAUCGUUUUGGACAGGGCUCUGGGGACUAUGUGCUGGAGAGCAGAUGCGUCCAGAAGAUCAUCACUGACCCCUACCCUCCUACUUCUUCGGAUGCAGAGGCCUCCAUGGCUGUGAUAAGCCUGCUGUUCCUGGCAGUGAUGUAUGUUGUUCACCACCCCCUGAUGGUCAGUGACCGGAUGGACCUGGACACACUAGCCAGGAGUCGGCAGCUGGAGAAGCGCAUGAGUGAGGAGAUGCGGCUGUUGGAGACAGAGUUUGAAGAGAAAAAGCGAGCAGCUGAGCAGAAGCAGAAGGUAGAGAAUUUCUGGAGAGGAGACACAUCCGGUGACCAGUUGGUGCUGGGGAAGAAAGACAGGUGGCCAUUUCAGGCUAACGGCCAGGAGGGUCCUCUGGGAUGGAUGCUAGGAAACCUUUGGAACGCGGGCCUCUUUUGCCUUUUUCUCAUCUUUGAGCUCCUGAGACAGAACAUGCAACACGAGCCGGCCUUUGAGUCCAGCAGUGAUGAGGAAGAGGAGGAAGUCCGCAUUGUGCCCAUCACCACAUACAACUGGCUCACUGACUUCCCCUCCCAGGAGGCCCUGGAAUCGUUCUACAAACACUACGUCCAAAAUGCCAUUCGUGACCUGCCCGGCACCUGCGAGUUUGUGGAGAGCUUUGUGGAUGAUCUCAUUGAGGCCUGCCGGGUGCUCACCCGCCAGGAGGCUCACCCCCGCCUGGAGGACUGCCUGGGCAUUGGGGCUGCCUUUGAGAAGUGGGGGACCCUCCAUGAGACCCAGAAAUUUGAUAUCCUGGUGCCUAUCGUUCCGCCACAGGGCACCAUGUUUAUCUUGGAGAUGAGGGAUCCGGCUCUAGGCCGCCGCUGUGGUUGCGUGCGCGUAGAGUCCGAGUGUACGUGCAAGCACGAGAAGGCCCUGGGGGACGUGCUGUGCCUGGUGCACCACCACAAGGACCACUCGCUGGUUUUGGGCAAGUGUACCUCCCCUAUGAAAGCUGCUCUCUGCACAGGCUCCCACCUGGACGUGUGUAAGACCGUGCAGUGGUUCCGGAACAUGGUGGGCCAUGCGUGGGCCCUGGUGGCCCAUAAAUAUGACUUUAAGCUCACCCUCCCUCCAUCUUCUACCUCCUGCAACCUCAGGGUGGAAUACCGCUCGGGCCGCUUUCUGUUAAUCAGCUUGCUCCUGGGGGUGCAGCGGGAAGACACCUUGGUCUACCUGGUGAGUCAGGCCUCGGAGCAAGAACAGCUCACCAGCGUGGACUGGCCUGAGUCCGUGGCGGCCUGUGAACACCUGUUCCUGAAGCUGGUAGGGCGCUUUGCUCCCGAGAACACAUGCCACCUCAAGUGCCUCCAAAUCAUUUUGAGUCUCUGGGACCACCAGAGCCUUCCCACUGGGGCCUCCCGCCCCAUCCUUACCUCCUACCACUUCAAAACAGCCCUCAUGCACCUGUUGCUACGGCUGCCCCUGGCAGACUGGCAGUAUAACAAGCUCUCUCAGAGGCUCCAGGACCUCCUCUGGUUUUUGGGCCGUGGUAUCCAGCAAAGGUCUCUCCAACAUUUCCUCAUUGGCAACACCUUCCUGCCCCUGACUAUCCCAAUCCCUAAGACAUUUCGGGAUGCUGAGCCUGUCAAUCUCUUCCAACACCUUGUGCUAAAUCCUGUGGCACACUCACAGGCAGUGGAGGAAUUCCACAACCUUCUGACCCAGGUGAAAACUCUGCCCUGUGCCCCACCGGCUGGAGCACUUUAAUAGAAAGGCCAUUAAAAAAAAUGGGAGAAGGUAUUCUGAUUCCCCAGACUGCAGAAGAGUUUAUUUUUCACAUAGAUCAGUGGUAUAUGUGGCCUUCACUUUGCCAGUGGGAGCUACGAGUGAGAGUCACA